AUGAGUGCAAUAAAAAUACAGCCCGCCCUCCUAACCCUUACGUGCUGCCUCCUGUGCUUAGGCGCUGCUGCAGAGCCUCAGCCGCCGCCCCCGCCGCCGCCGCAGGAGCAGCAGCAGCAGCACCAGAAUGAGCACCUGCUCUCACCACUGCUGAGACUCGAGAAGCAAAUCGAUGCUGCGUUGGACACUGCUAACUUGGCCUCACUUUUGCCAGUUGCGGUGUAUGCGGACUUGCAGGCAGCCCAGCAGCUCCCUGCUACUGCUUUCUCAACUCCUCAGCCUGCAGAACAGGAUGAGGCAGCAGCAGCCGCUGCAGCAAGCGAUGAGAAGCAGCAGGAGCAGAAUGUACAAAAGAACGUGGGUGGCCCCAACAAGAGAAUUAGCGACGCACUCAGACGACCCCCACCUCCUCCUACGUCAGCACCCGCCAAUGCAGAGCCACAGGCAACAGCAGCACUAGGCAAUGCUUCAGCAGCAGCGGCAGCAGCGGCAGCAGCGGCCGCAGCGGCAGAUGGGAUGAAGACAGCCGACAGAAGACAACCCGGGGAGGUUCCUGACCCUCAUAUCAACAGCCAUGUUGCCCCUCGGCCUGUCCGACCGUUGCGUACCUUGGCCUUUGGAAACAUUCACCAGACUGCCUACUACUUUGCAGAUCUGUUCGUCGGCAGCGGAGCCCCACAAAGGCAAAGCCUUAUUUUGGACACUGGUAGUUCUGUAAUGGCUUUCCCGUGCGAGCACUGCAAGUCUUGCGGGAAGCACAUUGAUGAACCGUUCAGCUGUCACAAGAGUCCCUCUUGCGCAUACACCCCGUGCAGUCGAGGUUGCUCUUUCUGUGAUAUUCACCACAAACACUGCGCCUACCGUGUGUCUUACAUGGAGGGCAGCAGUUUGCAGGGCUUUUGGUUCCAAGAUGAAAUGCGACUACCGGCACCUCCACCGAUUCUGCCUUCUCGCCAAGGACUUCGCCCUAUUUCUUCUGCCCUCUUGGAUGGAGCAUCUGCAGCCACAGAGCCGGCACCGCCGCAGUUCGACUUGACUGUCAUCACUGCUGCCUACAGGACCAUGCACACCCUGCAGCAAUACCUUGAAGGAGCAAACGCUCUGACGGCUCCCCAUAUACAGCCACAGCUCCCGCUGCUCCAGCAGCAAUGGAGACAGCAACAGCAGCAAACAACUCAGCAACAGGGAGUGGGGAGAACUGGAGGAGGGAUUAAGGCCUCUUUUGGCUGUCACAUGGAAGAGACAAACCUGUUCCUUACCCAAAGGGCCUCAGGCAUUUGGGGUUUGGAGGUUUGGAAUUCAUUUGGCCCCCCUACAUUCCCGUAUUCAGUUCUUCUGGAGGAUCUGCAUGUGGCUCGCCCACCCAGCACCAGUGGCAGCAACUCCAGCGGUUCGCCCCUGCAUCAUGUCCCUCCCCCCGUCUUUACUCAGCGCUUCAUUCACCACAAUUCGCCUGUUGCAGAGACCAAUGGUGAGGAGAGGACAGGAAAUGCACCAGACGGGCAAGGCAUAGGUCUUCAAGGCACUCUGCAGGGGCAACGCUUGUUCGCUAUGUGCCUCUCUGAGCACGGGGGGCUUCUCACAUUUGGCGGGGCUCAUGAGGAGUUUCACCUGCAGCCUCCCCAGUGGACACCCAUAAUUGGCAUGCGAGACAGCUACAACGUAAGGCUUGCUGCGGUACGAAUAGGGGGACGCGUGGUGCCGCUCCUGCCGCACCAAGACGCCGCAGCAGCAGCAAGACAGGCAGAAGUUGUGCUGUCUCAUGCCGGCCGCCGCGGGCCUCCAUCAGAGACUUGGGGCAACCAAAUUCCCCCUGGUGGACUUCGAAAGAAGGACACCUUGCUUGUUUUGAUUGACUCUGGUUCUACCUUGGCGUACUUCCCCCGGCCCCUGUACAAGCAAAUUGUUACUGCUAUUGAGAGUCACCUACAACGAAACAGACGCAGGGCCAACGGAUCUAGGAGGCUUAAUGAUGCAACAUAUCAGACGCAAGAUGAGCAAGAGCAGCAGCAAACAGCUGCAGAUGUUCCUGUGGGGCAGGGCGUCCUCAGAAGACCUCUUCCAGAAGAAGAAGUCGAAGUAGCGGCGCCACCGCAAGCUACUGCCGCAGCUGCCGCUGCAGCAGCUGCCGCCGCACAAGAAGAAGCUGAAGCUGCUGCACAAGAGGAGGCUGCCUCUAGCAGACAUGCAAAGGAAGGACCCUCCGACGGGGCAAGCAGCAGCAGUACCAUCGAUAGCGGCAACAGCAGCGUCGACAGCCGUCGGCUGCUGCAGCAAUUCGGCGACAAUCCACUUGCAGAUAUUUUCGGUGGCAACAGCAGUAGCGACAGAAAUUGGAGUGGAGAUAACCUUAUUGUGAACAACAGCAAGAAGACCGACGCAACAACCUGGGAAGGCCCGCUUGGUGAAGAGGCAGCAGCAGCAUCUGCAGCAGCACCAGGAGCAGGACCAACGAAGCCCGUAGACUUAUUUUCGAUACACAGAGUGCACCCAGAAGUUGCUUCCCGGGGUCCGCUUGGGCUCUCUCCGCCUAGGUUGGUAGCCGAACCCGAAAGGAGGCCUCGAGUGCAGCAUCCACAACAGCGGCCGCACGAGUCAGUGUUGUUAGCAGCUGCCGCUGCUGCUGCAGCUGCAGCUGAAGCUUACGAGCCUUCUGUUUCGGGCACUCCAGUGAUUCCCGAGCAUGACCCGUCAGCAGCAUCGGACGCGGCGGCCGCAGCUAGCGAAGGAACAGAAGUUCCUGACACCGAGGCUUUGCCUGUCUUGGUGGCUCUGAGCUCUGUGCCUGCCGAAGAGUACAGCGAAUCUGCUGCCUACAAACUGCUGCCACACUCUGCGCCGCCCCGCAAGUCUCAGGCAGUUAAGGUGGAGGCCACAUCUGGAGAGGUGUGCUACUUCCUGCCGCGCGGCCGUAAGGACUUGCGGGAGUUCCCCACUAUUGAAUUGUUGUUCCUGCCAGCCUUUGCUGGUGGUGCUGCAGGGAACACCUCGUCACCUCAGGGAGAGCGCCUGCAAGAACAAUGGGUUGUUUGGAGACCCCAUGCCUACUUGUAUGGCAAGGGUAACGAACAUUAUCGUUGCCUUGCUAUCAGCGAAGACAGCAGCAGCCAAGACAGUGCGGUGCUUGGUAGCAGCUUCUUCAUCGGUAAGGAUGUAAUUAUGCAUGUGCAAGAAGAGAAACUCGGGUUUGCUGAGGCCAACUGCCCCUCUAUCAAACUAAGAGACAGACCCGAAUUGCCGAAAUACUAA